CUCCUUGGUUAGGUAAUUUCCAACUUCUUCUGUCGAACGCCGAUUAUAGAAAAGCGAUCGAAAUCAUGAAAUUGUUUAUUAUCCUGUUGAUUCUUGCGAAAGUCGCGUACACUAAAUUCCAUUGCCAAAGUGGGCUAAGACGAGUGACUGAGAUUGGAUUGAUCGAGAAAUGCCUGACAAAAGCAGAAUGUUCCGGAAUGCCACAGUGUUCGGAUACUGUUCUUGGCGGAUGUUGCUGCUUGGAAAAUAAGAACUGUCUUCUCACUCGUGCACGCAGGCAUUUAAAAAGCACAACCCCAGCUACAGAUGAUGACGAUUCUGAAGAGGAAACCACAACAGUGAAAUCUCACAAGAAAAAGUCCACAAAAACUACCGAUGCUCCAAAAACCACAGAGGAACCAGCUAGCACCAAGAAAUCCGAGAAGAAAAAGACUGAAUCGAAAAAGGCUGUCAAAACGACCACAACAGCCGCUCCUGCUGAAAGUGCCGAGACUGAAACCCCAUCGUCUGAAGAAAAUAAGACGACGGAAGAAGAGUCUGGAAAUGUAUCUGCCGAGGAGGUCACUACUACAUCUUCUACAGAAGUCUCGGUUGAAGAGGAGCAAACAGUGAAGUCUACGGAAGCAUCUACCGAAGAAGAGAAGUCUACUGAAGCAUCGGAGGAGGCUACUACCACUAGUUCGGAAACAUCUGAGACCACCGAGGAAAGUGAGGAAGAAGAGACCACCACAAAGCCUGCAAAGACCCACAAGUCUUCAAAGACCACUACCACCACGACUGAAGCAUCAACAAAGAAGGACUCUAAGAAGUCUCACAAAAAGACUAAGGAGGAAAAGGUUACCACAACCCCAGAACCAUCAACGGAAGAAUCAUCGGAAUCACCAGAGACUAGCGAGGAGCCACAGUCAUCGGAAUCCACACCAACGUCUGAAGAAUCCACAGAACAAUCUACAGAGAAGCCGAAGAAGGAGGACAAGAAGGACAAAAAAGACAAAAAGGACAAGAAACAAAAGAAGGAAGACAGCGAAGAAGAUGACGAUGAUAAGAAGAGCAAAUCCUCGUCUUCGUCCGAUUCAAAGACCGACGAAAAAUCGACUUCAGAAUCUGAUUCUUCAUCGGAAGCUUCAUCUGAGAAGACUGUCGAGGGCACUAAGAAGACAUUGUUCUCCGGACCACCAGACUCUGAUGAGGAUGAUGAUGAUGAAGGAGCAGGAGCUGAUGAAGCAUUCUUCUCUGAGAAACAAGCUACCGAGGCACCAGCCGAGCUCUCCAGAACUACUACUAUGGCUGUGAAGAGCAAGAAAAUGAAGAAGUCUGAGAGUGGAUUCAAUUUCAUCCCGUUGGUCAUUGCUGGUUUCGUUUUCUCUGGAUUGGUUGGAGCCGGAGUUUACAUGUUUAACAAAAAGAAGGAGGAAAGAGAAAACUUGUCGACGGUUGAUGAGAAAGAGCUGACCACGAUUGCUCCUCUUCUUGAGGAUCAGAAGGAGUCCGCCGAAGUCGACAGUGCUCCAGCUGCAGGGGGAAGAAAAGAUGAGGAUGACGAGUAGAUUUCUAAGACCGCCGAAUAACAACAUUACAUCGUAUUCAUCUUUUCUUUUUCAAUUAUGGUCUCGUUUUCUCACUCCCAUCACAUUUUCAGUUUUUGUCUUUUUAUGAAUUUUGAAUUUUAAAUUUUAAAGUUUAAAUUUUGGAUUAUAAUUUUCAGUUAAACUCUUUAUUCUAAUAAUUGCAGUUAUUAUUCAUUUUCAUCCAUCUUCUUCUCCUCCUCCUUUUUUACUUGUAAAACUGUUCACCCACACUCUUCACUGUCAUUUUCCACUCCUCCUUCGCUUUGUCUCUUAUAGGUAUACAAUUUUCCGACGAAUUGCAGUUGUGACUUCGCGGGAAUCUUUUUUUGUGUCGUUCUUACACGUUUUUAGUUUCUCUCCAUGAUUCAUAAAUUCGAGAUUUUUUUCGUACCAUGAUGAUAAUAAUUAAUCUGAUGCUGUACUAUAUUUGGUCUUUUUCUGAUUUUCAAUAAAUUAAAUCUUCAAC